AAUCAUUGAAUAAUAUAAAAGCAAAAUUUUUUUUUAAAUGUGUAACUUUGUAUCUAUUACGUUAAUGCCAAAAUGAGCAAUCAUAGUGAUGGCGAAACCUUAGACGAUGUAUCAUUUUUAAUCAUAACGGCAAAUGUUGGAACCUUGUUUGAAGAUCUCUCUGGCCUUGAAGAUGCUUGGAUACAAGAAUUCAUCAAGUUGAUCGAGUCUCGAUCUCCGCAUUUCAUUGCACUACACUUCCAGGAAGUUGGUGGUAAAGAUUAUAAAUCGUCAAUGUCUCAUGUUGAUGCUUUUAUUGAGAAAAUAUUGGCAUUGCAUGUACUUGAAGAUUUUGACACGGUCCGUGGUUAUCUCGAUGAAGAUUUUGAUUCCGUUGAGCAAUAUACGGCACUUGGGAAUUUUUACUUUGUGCACAAAUCUCUGGAUGGAACAUCUAUAUGGAAUUAUGACAAAAAAGAAUUCUCUCCUGCACACGGUAUAGAGGUAUAUGAUAAAGAUCUCGAAAAGCGUUGGGACUUUAUUAAAGAAAAAUUUGAACAAGGUUAUUUCCCAGAUUGCAAAUGGUCACGAAAAGGGUACUCAAGAGUAAGGUGGAAAAUAAAAAACAAGGUUUUCGAAUUUGUCAAUAUUCAUUUGUUCCAUGAUGACAACAAUUUAGUUGCGAUACAAAGUAGCCCAUCCUCAUAUUCAAGGAGUAGGAAAAGAGCACUUAAAUUCGUACUACAAAGGGUUCAAUCAGAUCCGCCACCCAAUGGAAAUUACUUUAUUUUUGGUGAUUUCAAUUUCAGACUGGACAUCAAAGCCUUAGUCCAGAAAUUAUGUGCUUCAAGUAAACAACAAGUCAUAAGGUCACAAGACAAUGAUGAUAUUUUGAGACUUUUAUACAGAGCACCCGUAUCAGGUGAUGAUGAUUCUGAUGCCAAAAACGAUCAUUUGUUACUGAUGAUCGAAAAGAAAGUCUUUCAAUAUGAUCAAAAGUUGCUGCAUAAAAAUGGCAACUACGAACAUUUGAGAAGAUUUAAUGGAGAAUCCGAAGAUUUAUUAACAGACCUCAAAGAAUUUUCAUUUAAUUUUGCACCCACUUAUCCAUACUCUGAAAAAUUGAGUGAAGGAAAUGAGUACAUGAAGACAAGAUGUCCAGCAUGGUGCGAUAGAGUGUUUUUGUCACCUCACGCAUGGAACUGGGUUAAUAACGAGGGUACGAAUAUAAAUUAUGAUACAAUUGGAAAGCAAGUGUGCAUGGGAGAUCACAAGCCCAUAUUUCUUGCUUUUAAUUUGAAUAAAGAAGCUUUUGCAAAGGAUGAAGACUUCAAUGGCACAACACCUGCUCUUAUUGAAGAAUCAUCGCAAAAAAUAAAUUCAGAUAGCAUACACAACAACAACAAUUGCAGCAAAACAACGUCAACAGACUAACUGCAAUUUUUUUCUUCGUCUUGUUAGAAUAGGGCAUUUUUAAGUAAUUCACGCAGGCUUUUUAAGUAAAAAUAUUAUACGCGAAUCCAAAUUAGGGUCAUAAAUGAUGCUGAGUGUGACCCAGGUGUGAGAUUAUAUAUUGUACAGCUUAUUUGUUAUUUAAUGGUACUAUGCUUAUCACUUGCCUGUAUCGAGAGGGGGAUACUGAAACCAUUACUCCAAAACUGAAUUAGGCUAUUAGUUUUCCUAACUAUCACUGAUAAAUUUUCUUCAUAAAUUCUUCGAGCAAACAAAUUAGAUAAUGGUUGAAAAUAAGUUUUAUCUUAUUUUUCGACACCCAAUUCAUCAUUAACCAUCAUAUUCGAUUAUAACAAGACAAUUUGAAAGUCGGGGGUUUCAGGAAUAACUUGUGACUGUUGAAAGUUUGAAAAAAAAAUUAUUCGAAAAUAUUACAAAAAAUGGGUGCUUUUUAAGCUUUUGUUUUAUCUUAGUUUGAAGCAAUAUUACCCAAAUUAUUUCAGUAAACAGAAAUUUGAAAAUUGUGUUUAAUUGCUCAGAGCAGUUUUUUCAAAGUUUGUCUGGGGCCCUCGAUGUUCCCUCUACGCUCGGCCCAUUUUGUAACACAUAUUUGUUUUAGAAAGCAAAAUUAUUCUAUGGAUAUUUACAAAUGUUGUUGAAUAUUCAUUUCCUCUGUAAGUUUUCUAUUACAGCCCACUAUCUUCAAUAUUUUAUUUAUGUCUUUGUUAAUAGUAGAUAAUGAACAUUUACACAGAGAUUCGAUGCACAAUGACUAAUAAUGAUUAUUUUAAUGAGCAAUUUUAAUCAAUGAAAAUAACUUGAUUAAUUUUAAUUUAAAUGUGAAUUUUUUAUCCAUAUUAUGUAAAUUAUUCAGUCUUCCCUUUUAUGUUACUGAUUAUUCAACACUCUUGAGAACUGCGAAAAAUGGUAAUAUGUUACUAUAGGCAAAAUCAACUGAAUACUGCCAUCAUCAUACUCGAGCCAUUUUUUUUUCUCAACACCAGUCAUGACAAUACCAUGAUACAGAAUUUUAUUUCUGAUAUUAAUAGUGGAAUUUAUUAGUUUUCAGCACUUUAUUGUCCAGUUAUGCUAAACUAAUGUCCAUCACUGUUUUGUUAGAAACUACAGACAGAUCAUUCCAAUUUGAAUGCUACACAAUAAUUUCAACUCCCGGUUACUUUAUACAUCAUCAUCUAUUCUUACAAAGAGCAUAAAUGAUAGCUUAAACUACUUUGUUUACUGUAUUAUUGUUACAUUGCUACAUGCGCUUCCAGGAGAAAUAUAGUGUUUUUCUUUUAUCAAUUGGAAGUUCCUUUUAUGAUUGAAGCAUGCUUGAUAAAUUAAAUUGUGUAAAAUAAAAUGUUAUGAAACCGGAGUGGCAUUUGGGCAAUAUCUGAUAGUUACUGCUGCUUUCAUUGUUUUUGUUAUUUCAUUUAAAGAAGUGUAUGUGCUCUAACAGACAAGUAUUUCUACUCAUUGAAAAGUUGAGAUGCAUUCAAGCAUUUAUCCAAUGGUAAAAUUUCGAGAAAUUAGUAAACACACAAUUUUUAGGUAAAAUGAGAUAUUUCAAUAUGAAAAGGAAAAACUUGUCAUACUGUAUUGUGUGUAAUUAUCAGUUUUCCGAAUUUUUUACACCUGACCCUAAUCUAGACAGGCUUUGUAAAUUUUUGUGAAAUACUUUUCUAUAGAUAGGGCUUAAUUAAUUUUGUCAACAUAUCAAAUCAUUGAGUUAAAUAAGGAUAAACAUGUACAUGUAUUGUAACUUAACAUCUUAUUCACAUUUCUAAUUUAUUGCAUUUUGCAUAUAUAAAAAAAAAAAAACUUGAGGAACUAAGAAGCUUCCCUGGGGCAUACCUCAAACAUGCUGCUUUUGUGAUUUAAUCAUGUGAUUUGUGAAAUUGGCUUGCUAUAUAUUUGUGGAGGAUGAUUUUAGAUUUUUUAUCACUGCUAUUUACUGUAAAAGCUGCUUUGUCGAAUUAAUCUGUUACUUUUUGAUCAUUUUCAGGUAUUAUAUGGAUAAAAUAAUCAUUUUUUUUGCAUGAUAGUAGUGAUUCUUCCUGUAUCCUUGCCCAUUACAGCUGUUCUCAUACAACAUCCUGCCAUUUUUUAUAACAAUUUUGUUUAUGUAUGCGUCUGCCUGAUUGCUCAAUGAUCAUCUUAAAUAUGAGCGAGUUGAAAUGUCCAAUUUGUUUAGUCUCGCACGUCAACAUUGAAAAGGCUAGUGACUUAUUUUUCAUCUCAGCAUCUUCAGGGUUUAUCAAUACUUAAAGAAGCGAAUCACAAGACCUCAUAACACAUCUAAUUUAUUUUUUCAUCUUGUAUCAACUUUAUAUGAGUAGUUUUAUCAACCAAUUACCUUCAAAAUCUAAUAAUGUUAUUGUGAAUUUGGAUGUUCAUACUUAGAACAGCAAGUUUGUUUUUAUACAGAAGCAUUCCAUAAGCAAGAAAUCCAAAUACGCAAUCGCCCAUCAUUUACAUUUGUUCAGCCCUGAUGGCUUGUUGAUUGAAUCUUGGUCUAGCAAUAUAUCUACAGGACUAAAUCUCUCAGAUUUGUGUCAUAUGCUUAUAUAUGCAUUGGCAUUUAUGCUCGUAUUUACUGACGAUAAAUGUUUUCUCCAUUCGAUUUGAAUAAGCCUGGAAUUGGCAUCUUUUUAUAUUCAAUCCAUAUCUCUGAAUGUUUUUCUACAUCAGUAAAUAUAUGGAAAUAGAUAUGCUUUUUUGGUCACUUGCUUUUUUCCAUAAAUGGCAUCGGUGUCUGAGUAUUUGCGUCCAAGAGAGCUUCUAAAAAUCUCCACUGUACAUAUACUGCAUUGCUAUAAUCAUCAGUAAUCCUUGUUUGUUUUCGCAAAUUUGUGUCGUCAGUUAUGUGGCUAAACCUUGAGUAUUAAAUAAUGUUUUGAAAGCAAUGUCAUAUACAAGAAAUUACACCUAUAGCUGGUAGCUGAUUGUUAUGAUUACUUCCUAUUCAUCAGAAUGUUAUUUAGAUUUCUGUGGAAAAAAUCAUCAUUGAGUGGAUGGUUAUGUCAAAUAUUUCAUGCUAAGUUCAAUGAAACAUAUCUUGCAAGGUGACUUCAAUCACUUCGUGUAAAUUUGAAACUGUGUUGAUUGAUUUGACUUUAUUUGUAUUUGAAAUACAGAUAUAUAUAUCACCGUUUUAAAAUAUAUUACACUAGAACACGAAGUCUG